GAUUAUAUAGCUAAAAAUCUAACAUAUAACACAUCAAACCAAAUUAAAACUCAAAAUAUGAAUCAAGGGUCAUAAGAUUUAGCUAAGAAUGACAAAAAGUAUAAGUAUAACACGAUUGAAGAAAUCAAAGGAAAAAAAAAAUUAGUUAAUGCUCGGUCUCUCUUUGUUUUUUUAUUUUUUAUUUUUUUUUAUUUUUAAGUAGAUAAGAUGAAUGGUUCUAUUAGACCGGAACCUCUUACAAGUCAACCUGAUCAAGUUUACUCUGUCUCCUUUCAUAUGUCUCUUUAAGAUGUAUGACUAACACAGCCGAUGAGAGCGCUAAUCCAUAAGACCAAGCCGUUGAUCUUGAUUCGUGAGAGGGUAAAUCGAUGGACCUCGAGGUCAAGUAUCACCUCAAACAAUAACCCCCUACCACCUUCCUCAAAGAGAAAUAUAACCACCAAAACACCCCAUUUCAUUUCCUUUCCCUUAAACCCUUGACAAACCAUAGUCAUGAACUCUCUCCAGCAACACCUCUCCGCCCACAACGCCGCCUUCCUCCGUCGCACACUCUCCUCCAUCUCCACCGCACCUUCCGCUCCCUCUCCCUCUCCUCCGCCAUCAACCUACACCCUCCCAACCUCCUACAAAGUAACCCCACCAAUCAAACCAUGGCCUAAACACCUCUCUCACAAACGCCUCAUCUCCAUUCUCACUCGCCAACAAAACCUCGAUCUUGCCCUUCAAAUCUUCCACUUCGCCGGCAAAUUCCACCCCAAUUUUUCCCACAACUACGACACUUACUUAACCAUCAUCACCCGCCUCGCUCGUGCCCGCCAAUUCCGUCAUUGUGAAUCCCUUUUGACCGAAUUGCAAAACUCCCACCUUAAAUGCGGCGAAAUUGUGUUCGUUACUGUUAUUCGGAACUACGGGUUCGCGGGUAGUCCUAAGGAUGCUGUUCGGACUUUUCUGAGGAUACCCGAUUUCGGGGUUCAUAGGUCAGUUCGUAGUUUGAAUUGUUUGUUGAAUGUAUUGGUACAGAAUAAGAAAUUUGAUUGGGUUUAUCUGAUGUUUAAGAGUUGUAGGUCUAAAUUUGAUGUUAUUCCCAAUAUUUUUACUUGUAAUAUUCUUGUUAAGGCGCUUUGUAAGAAGGGUGAUGUUGAAGGUGCUGUUAAGUUGUUGGAUGAUAUGCCGGGUAUGGGAAUGAUGCCGAAUGUGGUUACUUAUACUACCCUUUUGAGUGGUUAUGUUGGAAAGAGGGAUUUGGUGGGUGCUAAGAAGGUUUUUCAGAUGAUUUUGGAUAGAGGGUGGGUGCCCGAUGUUACGACUUAUACGGUUUUGAUGGAUGGGUAUUGUAGGGAUGGGAGGUUGAGAGACGCGGUUAAGGUUAUGGAUGAUAUGGAGGAGAAUGGGGUUGCGCCGAAUGAGAUCACUUAUGGGGUUUUGAUUGUGGCGUAUUGUAAGGAGAAGAAAUGUGGGGAGGCGUUAAAUUUGCUUGGUGAUAUGUUGGAGAAGAGGUAUGUGCCAAGUUCGGCGUUGUGUUGUAAGGUGAUUGAUGUUUUGUGUGUGGAAGGGAAGGUGGAUGAUGCGUGUGCGUUGUGGAGGAAGCUUUUGAAGAAGAAUGUUACUCCUGAUAAUGUUAUAUCGAGUACGCUUAUUCAUUGGCUGUGUAAGGAGGGGAAGAUUCAGGAGGCUAAGAAGUUGUUCAAUGAGUUUGAAAGGAGUUCAGUUCCUAGUGUGUUGACUUAUAAUAUGCUGAUUUCAGGGUUGUGUGAGGCAGGGGAGUUGUGUGAUGCUGGAAGGUUGUGGGAUGAUAUGCUGGAAAAGGGGUGUACUCCGAAUUCAUUUACUUACAACAUGUUGAUUAAAGGGUUUUGUAAAAUUGGAAAUCCUAGAGAGGGGUUGAGAGUUUUGGAUGAGAUGUUUGAAAAAGGAUGUUUGCCUAAUGAAUCAACUUAUAGAAUAUUGAUUGAGGAGCUUUCUGGUUCAAAUUUGGACACUGAAAUUAUGAAGUUGUUGUCCAGUGUUUCUAAAAGGGGAGGGAAAAUUGAUGCUAGUUCAUGGGAAGUCAUUCUCACCAAUGCUCUUGCUAAUGUGGAUACCGGGGAAGUUCUUGAUAGAAUUUUACCGCAGGAUGCUUUGCCAUGAUUUUUCAUGCCGGGUCUCUGUAUAACAACAUGUCCAUUUGUAGCCACUGUAUUUCAAAACUGAGUCUUUGAAGUUCGGUAAAGAGCUCUCCUUAACUAGCUCGUACCUUUUGAAGAAAGAUCAAUUCCAAAUUCUACUAGCGGCUUGGUUAUUGAGUAUAACUAUUUUUAUGUAAUAUAGUAUCAGGGUAAUAUAUCUUGUUUGGAUCUUUGCUGGGUUGCCCAAUAAUAUGCAAACUUGCAAAGGCUUUCAUGGGUGAUAAUUAAUGUGGAUCAUGACAUCUAUUUUUGUUAACAUUCUUUAAUCUUAGCAAAUUAUGCGUUGGGAUUUUACUCGAAGUGUUGAUGGGCUUUCUAAAAUGGGUGAUUAUUUCAGAAGUGGGCCUAGAUAUUGCAUUUAGUCGUUACAUAAGGGUCUUGGUUUGUUCUGGUGAUAUCUUUUUUGAGCAUUGUGCCAUUGGAAUACAUACAUUACUGCAGAUAGAUUUGAUUUUCCUAAUUUUUUUCUUAUGGAAUAGGGAAAGUAUUGGUUCAAGGUUUACAUUGACUUCAUUGGUUAGUAGUUAGUUGAGCUCUAUAUGGUUUCUCUACUCAGGAUUACAUAUUACUUACUGCAUACAAUGAAAGUUGGUUUUUAGUCUGGCUAAGGAUGUGGCAGUAGGAAGGUAUACGUGAAUUGGUGGGAGGAAGUCAUCAAACUAUUGUUCAACCAUCAUCAUUGCUGUGGUUGUUUCAGCUUACUUAAAAGGGACCUAUAUCACAGUUUCAUUCUUAUCUCUGCAAGGACUUUCAGUAUGUCUGUAGGAUUUGACAAAGGGUGUCAAGCUGAAGUGUGUAAAUUUGAUUCCAAGAAAUUGCAGAAUAACUCAGGUGAUUUGCCUGAGAAUGGCCUUCAGGGAAGUGCAGACCAGGCUAGUGGGAAAGAUGUGAGUGACUAGAAGACAUUUCAGGAGUUUAAGGAAGUUGGUGAACUGGAUAAAGAAGAGAAGAUACAGAAUGCCAGCUCUGAUGAUUAUGAGAGGAUUUCUUUUGCUUAGAUAAAUGUUGAGUCCAGAAAGGAUGAAGUUGCCAAACAUAUAGAAGAAAAUUUAAUGUCAAGCACUGAAGAAUAUGAAGCAACUGAUCCGACAAAAAUAUUGAAACUAUUGAAAUGCAAAACAGAUUAAGUUGGAGAGAUAUCUAGGUAGGGAGGAUUCUGAUGGCACAAAGGAGAAAUAGAUGAAAUAAGGGUGAAAGCAACAGUAGAAGCCUGGUGUAAACUAGUGUUUGUCCAGAUGAAAGUAAAGAAGCUAGGAAAAGAACAACAGAAAUACGGUUCCAUGACCAACUCAACCAAGCAGAGUUACUGAAUGAAAUUUCCACACAAACCGAGGCUUGGUCGACUCAAGCAGGAGUGUCAGAGGAACUGAAAGUUUCCGAGUACUCGUUGAUCAAGGAAUAAAAGGGAUACAGAUGGAAACUCUGUAAGGUCACUGCUAGUCUGGAGUAUAUUCCUUGCCUGUCUUGUUCCUCUGUCCAAGGGGUAUAAAAAUGUAGUAAAAUGGUCUAAAAGCAUAGGGUAUGCCAAGUGCUUGGUGGAAAAUAUGAAAAAUGGAGGAUAAUUUAUUGAUCAAUUUAGUUGUUGUACUGGUUCUUACAGAUUGAUAUUGCUUUGUGCAGACAUGGUUUGCCAAUUUAUCCCAUACUAAGUUUGUUGAACUCGAAGGAUAUCAGAAAUGGGUAAAGGUUUAUGGCCAUUACAUUACAUCUGGUGGGAACCAGUUUUAAGCUUGUUGCUAUGUGUUACAUUGCUUUACUGCAUUACUUACCUUACCUAGUUACCUAUUCAUAUUUCAUGACGAGCUAGCAUUAUUGCUUAGAAGGUCUUUUUUUAUUGCAUUACUUACCUCUUCUAGUAAUCUAUUCCUAUUUCAUGCCGAGCUAGCAUUAUUGCUGAAUAUGAAUCUUAGUGAAGCAUCACUUGUUAUUUCUUGAAAUUAUAUGAAAUCACGAAUGAUUCUUUUGUUUGAGGUUUUUUGACUUAUACAUUCUGCUAUAUACUUCAUUCUAUAAAUAAUGCACCAUGUAGAGUUUUACACUUCCCAAUGAACAAUUUUGCCCCCAAGAUCUUUUAUUCUCAUUACAUAAAAAUUAUAAGAAGUUAAUAUUUUGAAAGUAUAAAUCGAGACAAAUCCAACAAGUUGCCACAAGACUAUAUCUUUCUUUAUGUAUGAAUUAUUAUAGAUGGCCAAAGGAGAGUGAAUAGUGUAGAAGUCCAAAUGGUGAAGUAUUAAAGGAAUGGAAGGAAGUUUUGUGUUUUGUUCUCCUUGCAGGUUGAGUUUAUGUUGCUUUAUCCCUUGGUGAGUUUCUGUUACACCUCCUGAUUACUUGGAUAAAGUAGAACUUUUUUUUUGUUUUUUCCACUGCUUGUAGCCUAUUGGUACUUUGUUACUGUGAUUUUGUUACUCAAAUAUACAACUGGUCUGUCUUAGUAAUUGUGUGUCUUCAUUAUCUGUAACUUAGUGGACCUGUUUCUAGCUUAAUAUCUGGAAUCCAGACUGUUCUUGACAUUGUUAAAUAAGAUAUGCUUAAUCUACAGACCGCUCCUGAUUUUGCUACUUUUUUGAAAGAGAAGCAUUCACGUCACUUGCUUCUAAGGAUAAGCAUGAAGCACAGGUUCGAUUUGCUUUUUAAAGAGGUAUACCUGCUGUAUUUUGCUGAAAGAGAAACACUCAAUAGGGUCCCUUGGAAUGUUGAAGAAUUGCACUUUUCAUUUCAGAUUUGCUGCAGCCUUGAAGGAACUGAAAUUGUGGGUGAUGAAUGUAGCCCUUAUUACUUCAAUAGAUAUACUGCCGAUUAUAUCUGAACGACACCAUGUCAACUUAUCCAGGAUCUUAGGAUCGUUUUCAUUCCUGAUCAUUUUCUGUGAUCUCGAUAAAAGGUGUUAGUUUGUGGCAGAAUCUGACAGAAUUAACUCUGGUAGUGAACGACGAUGCUGAAACCAUACUUGAGGUAGAGAGCAUGGCCAAAUCCAGAAGACCCGGUCACCCGGAUCACCUCAUCAAAAGAUAGUGAAGGAUUGCUUUGUGUUCAGAAGACAAGAUGGCAUUUCUCUGCUGUUGAAACUAUCACAACAGCUAUAGCUUAGCUUUGAGCCUUUGAUGCACGGUUUGUCAUGGCUCGAAAAUAUAUGCUGUUCUAGAAUAGGUCCAUGUUCAUAUAUUGAUUUAGAAGCAUUGAUUCGAAUAAUGUAUCGACAUUAGCGUUAUUCCAAUGUAUCUAAAGAUUCUGCUCCCCUCUCGGCAUAGAGGGGGUACAGUAACAGAAGUAUUUUUCCAGAAACAGGUCUUUGCAUUUUAAUGAAUUAUGUUUGUUUUUAUUA